AAUUAUGUACUGUAGAUAUUGCAGAAAUCAGAAGAACUCGAGCGGGCGCUAAGUGAACAUACACGACACCGAAACGAAACGAAAGAGAAAUUCUGCUCUGGAAAUACAUUUUUAGAGGAUAUUUUAUACAUUUUUAUUAAGACAAAUUCAAGUACUAAAUUAAAUUAAAUUAAACGAACAAAAAUGGUGUACGAAAGUGGAUUUACUACCCGCAGGACCUAUACAAGCAGGCCUGUUGUUACUUCGUAUGCCGUAUCGUAUCCGGUUGUGCAGAGGGUAUCCCGCGUUUAUAAAACGAGUUAUCCAAUCUACUCGUCAUAUACAAUUCCUAAACGGAUAUACUCCUCAGCACGUAUUGUUACUUCGCCUGUUCGAGUAGUCACCUCCCCAGCCCGCGUAAUUACGCGCGUUGUACGUUCGCCAUCGCCAAUUCGUGUUGUUCGUACAACUACAAGGGUGAUAUCUUCCCCGGAGCGUACGAUUUCAUACUCCUACGGAACACCGAGCUUAUAUAGCUCAACAUAUUUGCCAACAACUAUUUACAGAUCGCCAUCCUCUUAUGUGUACUCCACUCCAUCCUAUUAUUAUUCACCUAUAUCUCGCGUAUACACUCGCUCCCUGAGCCCUCCAGUGAGGAUAACAACUUCUCCAGUUCGUUCAACAAUACCCUACUUGAAGAGAACCCUACCAGGAUAUGGAGCCCGUGCUCUAACAAAUUACCUCAGCACCGAGCCCUAUUCAACUUUUCAAGAUGAAACCAACAGAAUUCGCCAUAGAGCUCAGUCGCUGAUUCGUGACAUCCACUCCCCGGUUGUCCGUAGAGCACGCAGCUGCACACCAUUUCCAGUAACUGGAUAUACCUACGAGCCGGCUUCUCAGCUUGCUCUUGAUGCAUACGUACAAAGAAUAACAAAUCCUGUUCGUCAUGUAGCUAAGGAGGUUCACAGGAUGUCUCAUUAUCCUGAACCAGCUCGAAAAUAUGUUGACCCAGAAUUGGACCCAUUCCGUCCAUCCAGAAAAUUUUCGGCUCCUGUAUCAUUGGACGAUCCUGUCGAUGAAGAAACUAAAGAAAAACAACGUCUUAGACAGGAGCGACUUAUGACUGUGAAUGAAGAAGCUCUAGAUGAAAUCGAGUUAGAAAAAAAGAAGGCUAAACGUUUAGAUGAAGCUAAACAACGUGAGAAAAAAAUUCUAGAAGAGAGUAUUAUCCGCAAGUCUGAAGCAGAAGCUGAGAAGAAACGGGAUGAAGCAAAGCUAAAGGCACGUGAAGAAGCCGAGAAAACUCGUUUGGCUGAAGAAGCUCGAUUGGCUGAGGAAGCUCGAUUGGCUGAAGAGACACGUUUAGCCGAAGAAGCUCGUUUAGCUGAAGAAGCAAAUUUAGCCGAAGAAGCUCGUUUAGCUGAAGAGGCCCGUUUAGCUGAAGAGGCACGUUUAGCUGAAGAGGCACGUUUAGCUGAAGAAGCACGUUUAGCUGAAGAGGCACGUUUAGCUGAAGAAGCACGCUUAGCUGAAGAGGCACGUUUAGCCGAAGAAGCACGUUUAGCUGAAGAAGCUCGUGUAGCCGAAGAAGCUCGUUUAGCUGAAGAGGCACGAUUGGCUAAGGAGGCACUUUUAGCAGAAGAAGAAGCUCGGUUAGAGGAAGAGAAACGGCGACGAGAAGAAGAAAUAAAUCGUCUUGCUGAAAUCGAAAAGCAAGCAGAGGACGAACAGGAAAGAGAAUUGGCACGCCAAGCAGCAGAGUUGGCUGAAAUCGCACGACAAGAAGCAGAACUUGCCGAACAGGAGCUUAAUGCCUUAAAAGCUGAUAAAAUAAAUGCAUCCAAUUCAAAUGACACUGCCGCUGUUGAAGAUGAACCCGUAGUUGAACUACCGGACACUCCAAUCGAAGAAACAAAUAAAGAACCAGUUAUUGAAUUUUCGACUACCUUUGACGAAGUUAAAUCCGAUGCUGGCACCGAAGUCGAAACUGAAACUGAGGAAGAAGAAGAGGAAGAGUAGUAAAAUAUGGCAGUGGUUAUAAAGCUUCCGGAAAUCUGUACUAGAAAGGGAAGAUUAAAACCGAUGUGUUCAUUCAA